GUGCAAACUCGCAGCCGUGCCGUCCAGAGACGCUCCACAGCUUCGCUGGCUGCGGUACAGACACACAGCACGGCCAGACGCCAUCGACGCGCCGCAUCGCUAAAGCACACGAGGCUGUCUGUCGCCAGGGCUGCUGACAGCGCUGGUCUGCACGCCAGCAUCGAUGCCACGACGAAGCGCUCUCAUGUUAGCGGUUGCAGCGCGCUGCAGUGCGCUCGUCCCCCGGGCGCGGCCGCUGCGGCCACUCACGACACUGGCUGAGAGUGCAGCACCCGCCGAGGAGCGGCGCGAGCGCGUCCUCAGUGGCGUGCAGCCGACGGGCACGCUGCACUUGGGCAACUACUUGGGCGCGAUCCGGCAAUGGGUGCAGUUCCAGGACGACUACGACAGCUUUUUCUGUGUCGUCGAUUUGCACGCGAUCACGGCGCCGCACAAUCCGAAAUUACUGCAGCAGGAAACGCUGGACGCCGCGGCUUUGUAUAUUGCGGCGGGUAUUGAUCCGGAGAAGUCGCCGAUCUUCGUCCAGUCCCACGUGACGGCGCACGCGGAAUUAUGUUGGUUAUUGAAUUGCAUGACGCCGAUCAAUUGGCUCGAGCGGAUGAUCCAGUACAAGGAAAAAAAACAGAAGCAGGGCGAGAACGUGGGUGUGGGGUUGUUCGAUUAUCCCGUAUUGAUGGCCGCCGACAUUUUAUUAUAUCAAGCUGGUUUAGUUCCUGUGGGAGAAGAUCAGCGGCAGCACCUAGAACUCACGAGAGACAUAGCCAGGCGGUUCCACGACUUGUACUGCAAAAGAAAAAAGCGUGUUUUCAGGGAGCCGAAGGCGCUGAUCGUGAAGGAGGGUGCUCGCGUGAUGUCUCUCACGGACGGUCGCGCGAAGAUGAGCAAAUCCGCGGAGCUCGACAACUCGCGCAUCAACUUAAAUGAUGACCCCGCUACAAUUGCUCGUAAAAUAAAAAAGUGCAAGUCCGACGAGUUCACGGGACUCGAGUGGGACAACCCCGAGCGGCCGGAAGCCACGAACCUGCUGAAUAUUUACCAAGCGGUGACCGGCAUGGAGCGCGACGCUAUCUUAGCCGAAGUGGGUGAUUUGUCCUGGGGCGGCUUCAAGCCGCGCCUGGCUGAUGCUGUUGUGGCGCACUUGGAGCCGAUCCAGCUCAAGUACGCCGAAGUGUCUGCGGACAAGGCGUACCUGAGUGGCGUGCUGAAGAGCGGUGCCGAGCGGGCGGACGAGACCGCUACUCGAACCUUAGACGCGGCCAAGGCGGCGAUGGGGUUCGCGCCGCGGUUCUAAUCUUAAAUACGAGAGG